AACAAAAACCUUCGCUCAACUAAGCACAAAAGCAAUGGAGAAGAAGAAGAACAAGAAGCAAAAGCAUCAACACCCCAAUGAUCAAACAACGAAACCACCAGCACCAUCAUCGGGUUUCUCUUUCAAGCCAAGCAACGAGGUAAAGGGUCUAAGAUUCGGCGGGCAGUUCAUCGUGAAAUCCUUCACGAUCAGGCGAGCAAGGCCACUGGAGCUACUUAAACUACUCGAUUUCGCACCAUUGUUCAACAAAUCCAACACCACCAACAACAAGCUCCCGUUCCCCACCACAACCGCCUUCUUACCCACAAAUUUCACCAUCUUAGCUCACCAUGCGUGGCACACGCUGACCCUAGGCUUCGGCACCAAGAAAUCCAAAGUGGUUCUAUUCGUUUUCGAAUCGGAAGCCAUGAAGGUAGCGGUGGACAGAAUCUGGCCGCCGGAGAUACCCCUGGGAGAAGUUAACAAGAAGCUGAUAAGGGGGCUAAAAGGGUUCGAAAUGGCGAGGUUUAAGUUCAGAAAAGGGUGCAUUACUUUCUAUGUGUAUGCGGUGAGAGGAGCGGGAACCCUGGGCUUCUCCUGUGCUGAUGAUUUGAAAAGUGUUUUACAAUCGGUUGUGGAGCUCAAGGAUUUCUUGGAUCAUACUGCCAUGCUUGCAUUGCCGAACCAGAGAAGCCUUAACUAUUCCCCUCCGCUUGCCAUGGCUCACUAAUCUUUAUAAUUAUUCUUGUUUCUCUUUGUUUAAUUUUAGGCUUUUAAAUAUAGUUUUGUUUUAUAUGAUUGGGUGAUUGGUUUAUUUAUUGGAUGAUUAUGUUGUUGCUAUUAAUUUCUCUUUCAACAAAUGUGUAUCUUGUAGUAUGAAUAAACCUGUCCGUAAGUCUUUCUUUUU